AUGACAAAUCACUUCCGCACAUCGCAAGGUCUUGGAAUGGAGAACGUCUCCAUGCAAAACUUGACCAUGUUUGGAGACGAGCUGUUGCUGCAGUUGUGUCGGCACAACUUGGAAUAG